AUGAAAGAUGACCAGAUUUUGAAGGAUAACGAGACACUUAUUGAUGAUCCAAAAGCAUCUCAAGAAGAUCUAGUUAUUACUCAAGUAAAGGCUAGAGUCCAAAGCGAGGGAUUGGAUGCUAUGGAAGUUGUAGGGACUAAAGAAAUGACACAACCAGCUGCUAGUGCAAAAUAUGGCUUUACAGGUCGGUUAGAAGCAAUGCUGCUUGAAGCUAAGGGAUUGUGGGCGGAGGCAGAAAAAGCUUACUCAAGCCUUCUGGAGGAUAAUCCACCAGAUCAUCAAGUAAUUCAAAAGAGGAUGGCAACUACAGCAAAGGCCCAAGGCAAUCUUUCAGGGGCCAUUGAAUGGCUAAAUAAAUAUCUGGAAAUAUUUAUGGCAGAUCAUGAUGCCUGGAGGGAACUUGCUGAAAUAUAUGUCUCUCUACAAAUGUACAAGCAAGCAGCUUUCUGCUAUGAAGAGCUAAUCUUAUCUCAACCAACAAAUCCACUGUAUCACCUAGCCUAUCCUGAUGUAAGUGGAAUUUAUUUUAGGGCUUUUUAUGAAUCUUUCCAAUUAGUGGCAAUCAUUGAAAAUUUUCCACCACCCUGUAAAGAAUUCAAGAAUUAUCUGAAGCAUAUGCAGAAGGAAAUAAAAUUGGAGUUCAACAACAAGAAGUGGAACCAUGAUGGCAAUGGUCCUAAACAAGGAUCCACUAGUAAGAUAAACAAAGGGAUCAACAAUGGGUUCAACAAGAGGUUCAAAGGCAAGUGUUUUGUGUAUGGCAAAGAUGGACAUCGCGCUAAGAAUUUUCACGUUCGCAAGGAGAGAGGGAGUUCAAGCAAAAAGUCAGCACAAGCCAACAUAGCCGAGAAUUUCUAUCUUUCCGAUGGAGUGGCAAGCAUCAAUCUUGCUGCAGUAGUCUCUAAAGAAAAUUUAGUGGGCAAUCCCAAGGAGUGGUGGGUGGAUACUGGAGCAGCCCGUCAUAUCUGUACAGAUAAGAAGAUGUUCACAACCUACAAAGUGGUGGAAAGUGGAGAAUAA